GUUUUCCCCUGUUUUUUUUCGCCCUCCACUUCAAAACCGCUGUCGGCGGUAAGUUGUGCCACAUUGUAGCUCCGCUGCAGAUCCACAGAUGCCGCUUUGACGCUCCGCAGACGUGAAAACACUCAGAGGCGAUGAACAGGAUCAUUAAGAUGGCUGGCGGUGCAGCUCACACUUGUGGAAUAUUCCUGGAUUACAGCAGAAAGACUUCUUUAGUCCUGUGGGACUAGAAGCAGCUUUGUGGGUGACCGUCUUUCUCUGUGAACAGCCUGCAGAUUUCAUUCCUGUAACACAUUUCGCUGAGAUGAAUUUCUUCUACGUCGUUAUUGAAGUAAUAAUUGCUGUUCUCUCAAUAUCCGGCAACAUACUGGUUUGCUGGGCAGUCGCGAUCAACAGCACUUUGAAGAACGCCACCAACUACUUUCUGGUGUCUCUGGCUGUGGCUGAUAUUCUGGUCGGUUGCCUCGCCAUCCCCUUUGCCAUAACCAUCAGCCUCGGCAUACGUCUGGACUUCUAUGGAUGCCUCUUUCUGGCAUGUUUUGUUUUGGUACUGACUCAAAGCUCCAUCUUCAGUCUUCUCGCUAUUGCAACUGAUAGAUAUCUGGCCGUCAAAAUUCCUCUGAGGUACAAUGAGUUGAUGACGGGAAAGACUGCCAGAGAGAUCAUCGCAAUGUUAUGGAUCCUCUCCUUUGUCAUUGGCCUCAUCCCCUUUUUUGGCUGGAACUUGAAGUAUUCGAAUUGCAAGAACAGCAGCUCUGUUGUAGACAACACUACAGACACUGACCUCGGGGAAGGGCUGAGGGGCGGAGCAGACUUAAUACAGAGCUGCGAGCUCCAGUGCUUCUUUGAGAGCGUGGUGGACAUGCAGUACAUGGUCUACUUUAAUUUCUUCGUCUGUGUGCUGCCGCCGCUGCUCAUCAUGCUGGGCAUCUACCUGAAGAUCUUCACCGUGGCCAGGAAGCAGCUGAGACAGAUCGAGCUCAAGUGCGUGGGCAACGGGGACAGCCAUCACCACAGCCUGUUGCAGAAGGAGAUCCGGGCUGCCAAAUCCCUCUCCAUCAUUGUGGGACUGUUCGCCAUCUGCUGGCUGCCCGUCCACAUCCUCAACUGCCUCACGUUGUUUUACGGUGAGCUAAAGAAGCCAGAGUUUGUCAUGUAUGUGGCCAUCAUUCUGUCUCAUGCCAACUCCGCAGUCAACCCCAUCAUCUACGCUUACCGCAUCCAGGACUUCAGGAACACCUUCCGCAAGAUCCUGGCCCAACACUUCCUGUGCCGCAGGGAGGAGCUGUACCUCAGCUCCAAUGGAAGCAGACGCAAUAGAGACCAGAUCCACAUGACCAUUGACCCUCUGCUAUAGAGUCAUGACAGAGGACAAAGUAUUAUCUGUCAACUCUAUUGUCUCACUCUUGAAUUUUAUUUUCACUGAGGUUUAUAAUGUUUACAGAGGGUGUGAUAGUGAAGAUGAACAGAUGUUAUUUAAGAACUGUGCUGAGUAUCAGGGGUCGAGCGGUGAAAAGUUAAAUGGCGAGUCUUAUGUAACUUUUGUAUCGUGAAGGAUUUUUUUAUUUAAACAAAAAAAAAUGUUGAAGCUAACUGGAUUUGUAGGACUGUGAACAGGAUCUAAACUUUGCUACAUUCUAAAAUCCUCUUCGUCAUUCUGAAUCCACCCUGUUACAACUCCAAACACUCCUUUUUUCUGCCAAGCUAUUUUAUAUUGUCAACAUUCAGUACCAGUGUUUAUUAAUUUAUUUAUUACAAGACCUUAUCUUUGAGAAUGUAAAGAUCAAAAAACUUUUGUGUGGCUAGAUCUGUACUUGUGGACCCUGAGAGGUACAAUAGUAUUAGUCUACAUCUGUGGUUAUUUUUGGCCCGUGACCCUUUGAAAUGAACUCAUAAUGAUGCUUAUCACAGGCUCAAUAAUACAGUAAGAAGUUCAGGUUUUCUUUAUUAAUACCUUUUGUGCAGCCUAACAGCCGACGUUCUCGAGCUGCUGCUUCAUCUAAAUGCCAGCGUUUGCAGGUGUUCUGUCGCUGCACUAAUGAAUCCUCCAAAGUUAAUGUGUGCACAGGCAGAGGGACACACUAGUCCAUGUGGGCUCUCAUACAAAUCACAAAUUAGAAGAAAAGGGGGGAACUACAAACAUAAACAAGAAUAUAAAUGCUUUUCCUGUCCCAUGAAUCAUCUCUCAUAUCCUCAGGGGUCACAAAAUUAUCUUGUGACCCCUAUGGCUAAGAGCCAGUGGAAGGGUUUUUGGAGCUAGUGGAUAAACAGCAUGAUCCGAUUUAGUCACACAGACCCAGACAUUAGUAGUUUAGGAAAACACACCUGCGGUGCUGCUGCAUAUCAUUUCCAUGUUAACAAAACAAAAGCUCAGGAAGUGGGAAACUGAUUGUACCCUUUACAAAAGUAUGACAUCUGCAUAGAGCAUUUUCAGCUGCUUUUUUUAAUCAACAAAGUGACAACAUACUUAAAGUAGACAAGCCAAUUUGACUUCAAAUCAAUGCAAUUUACAUGAUUCUUUAUCAUCCAAGCUUCUGGUACACAUGUAUUUAGUGGCUUACAUAAUACAAAGCCCUGUUGCUUUGGUUCAGUUGGAUGCAUAUGAAUGUCCUUUGCCUUAGGAGUUUAGCUGACAACCUCAGACGCAGUCUCAGCUGGGAUCCUCAUCUGCCCCAUUAGUGCAGUCAGUCCUCCACGAGCUGCUCAGUAACCAAGUGAAUUGAGCAAAAAAUAACACAGAGGAUUCAUUUUAAUCAAACAACUGAUUAAUGAGCUCACACUUCUUGAUCAGAUCACUGGUUGAUAGAUAACAAAGUGCAGUAGAACCCACAAAGACAGAAAUAACUUUAAAGAGUGAAAAAGGUAACACUAAUGAAAUAUUUUCUGAGAGGCCAACUUUCUGCACACGACGGUGCACACACACACACACACACAGCAUCACAGUCUGCUGCAGCACCGAGUCUGAUGUGAGAGUACCUGAUGCUUUGCUUCUCUUCUGCAUGGGUGGGAUCAUCAGCAUUGUGAUGCGUGUUCCAGUCGAGCCUCUAAAAGACUGGGGCAGGAGCUGAUAAAUCUCAGAAAAAAGGUCUUGAUGAAUUCAAUCAGAGCAAAGAAGCAUUUUGUUUGGAGCAAUGUGAUUUAUGUGGGGGGUAAAUAAUGAGGGUGAGUUUGGUCACCUGAAAGCCGUCACUACACAAACGAAAACUCAUUGCACUGACAUUUUAGAUUAUUUCCCGUUUGGUGUGUGUCAUUGGUGUUGUUGAUCCCUGUUGUGCUGGUGUUUAACAAGUGUUCUUAAGUUGAGAACUUGACUCCAAUGCUUCUCUAUCUCCUCUCAUUUGCUGUUGUGUCUGGUGUACCACCUCUGACCAACUUCAAGGGCUAAAAUACAGGAGUGUGCCAAAGGUUUAGUACAUUCCGAUGGAGACAUCUACACUGUAACUGCACUGUAACGUUAUUGUCUUUGUUGACUGAUGUGUAAAAAAAUUAAGUACUGUAGGUGUCUGGCUUUCUACAAGCUAUUGAUUGAUGUCCAACUGUUGCCUUCUUCUAUGAUUUUCAAGGUAAAACUGACAUUGACAAGUUGAUCUAGAUCAACAUUCCUGCCUUUCAUUCCGAAGUAUCUGUCAGUGAGCUAUCGUGUUGUUAUUAAUCAGGAAAACAUCCACUGUGGUCAAACUGAUGUUCAGCCUUUCCCAGAGGCCAUUCUUUCUUUCAUUCAACAAAACUACAACCGCGAUACUGCUAUUUAACAUGAUGCAAUCUGUACGUAUGGUGAAUUAUUUUGUUAAUAAAGGCAAUGUUUAUACCGUA